AUGAACAUGUCAGUGUUGACUUUACAAGAAUACGAAUUCGAAAAGCAAUUCAACGAGAAUGAAGCCAUCCAGUGGAUGCAAGAAAACUGGAAGAAAUCUUUCCUGUUUUCCGCUCUGUAUGCUGCCUUUAUAUUUGGUGGUCGGCACCUAAUGAACAAACGAGCAAAGUUUGAACUGAGAAAGCCAUUAGUUCUCUGGUCUCUGACCCUUGCCGUCUUCAGUAUAUUCGGUGCUCUUCGAACUGGUGCUUAUAUGAUGUACAUUUUGAUGACCAAAGGCCUGAAGCAGUCAGUUUGUGACCAGGGUUUUUACAAUGGACCUGUCAGCAAGUUCUGGGCUUAUGCCUUUGUGCUAAGCAAAGCGCCCGAAUUAGGGGAUACAAUAUUCAUUAUUCUGAGGAAGCAGAAGCUGAUCUUCCUGCACUGGUACCACCACAUCACUGUGCUCCUGUACUCUUGGUACUCNUACAAAGACAUGGUUGCUGGGGGUGGUUGGUUUAUGACUAUGAACUAUGGCGUGCACGCCGUGAUGUACUCUUACUAUGCCUUGCGGGCAGCAGGGUUCCGAGUGUCCCGGAAGUUUGCCAUGUUCAUCACCUUGUCCCAGAUCACUCAGAUGGUCAUAGGCUGUGUCGUUAACUACCUGGUCUUCUCCUGGAUGCAGAAAGACCAGUGCCCUUCUCACUUUCACAACAUCUUCUGGUCCUCACUCAUGUACCUCAGCUACUUUGUGCUCUUCUGCCAUUUCUUCUUUGAGGCCUACAUCGGUGGCAAGAUGAAGAAAACAAAGAAGGCGGAAUAG